AGAUGCGCAGGUACACAAUGGAAGCUGGGACAGAGCCGACCUCUUGUCCUAAACCCAGGCUGCCAUCUCAACUUCUCGUGAGGGCUUCCACCUAUUCUCAUGUUUCGCCUUGUCAGAAAUGAGCUUACGGUCAAUCCUAGGAGGCUCCAGCCGGGUUAAGAAGUCCUCCAAGAAAGCCGGCGCAAAGAAAUCUGGCUCUUCGGCACCGGCAUCGUCUUCGUGGACUUCUCCCCUGCCUCGUCGCAAGCCGGGAGCCCACCGCGGGAAGCCACCAGUCGGCCGCAGCGAUGAGGAUGACGAUGGCGAUCUUUUCAACGAUAAGCUUGACGACUAUGGGCUCGUCAGAACCCUGGCGACCGAUCUAAAUCUGCGCGAUACCUCCCAGGCCGUCCUCUACAUACGUAGCCACAUGUUUUCCCCCAUGCCCCAACAAGCAGCGGGGAUGAACUCGACGCGGAUCGCAGAGGUGCUGAGCUAUCGGAAGAGGCUCCCCCCCAUCGUGACGAUUUCACAUAUACAGACCCUACUUUCCUCGCCGAGCGCGGUAGAACGGGAGAUUGCGCAGCUCGCGCAGGCUGGCUUUGUGCGCAAGGUGGUCAUCGCCCGGCGGGGCCGCAUAGGAGAGACCCUGAUCCUUGCCUCGGACUUUGAGCGGAUGAUUAAGGAGUCCACGGGUUUAAACGAGGAGGCAAGGGAGAGUCUCCUCGCGUUCCUAAGAGAGAAUGCCGGGGCCCAAACAAUCCAGCGUGGUGCGCUCGCUGCGUCUGAGAUUGACCAGCUCAUCAAGGCCGGGUUUCUGACGUCCCACCACACCGGCGUAAUCCACCACGGCUCGAUAUCGCAUACCAUGAGCCUCCACUUCCGGCCCGAAGACAAGGGAACACUUACGUCACUCGAGACCGUCUCGAGACAUGCAACCGGCUCGCUCGGCGCGGUUGGGGGCGACGGUGUGGUGCACAUGGCGGGCGGCAGCGGAGGAAGAUCGCUUGGUGCUGCCCAGGCAGCUACUGGUUCCACCGAAUUAAAACUUGCCGUACCGGGGAGCGGCACGUUCCUUAAGCUGAUCGCACCGGCGCUUGACCAUCUGGUCUCAUUGCUCGACAAGUCGCAGUUCCGCGAGGCCCCGGAGGCGGUGCUCCGCGAACGGUGGGACGGAGGCGUUGCCAAGGAGGAGGCACGCUACGCCGCGAAGCGCUCACGAGGGGAAUUCGCAGGGAUCCUUCCCGGGCAGACGAGGAAGUGGAGGCAGUUCUACGGGCUAUCCUUCGACUGGGUCCUACGAGAGGCCGUCGGAUCCGGCCUCGUCGAGGUGUUUGAAACCCGAAGCGUCGGUCGCGGAGUCCGCGCCGUCUAACGGUACGCUUGGACGACGGCGCCGCGCACUGCCCACCAUAGUUGCGGCGUAGCAGUAUUCUUAGCAGUAGCAAUAGCAGCUCUAGAUAUUCUCGCCAAGGGAAGUCGCCGGCAU